AUGGCUAACCGUUGGAGUGAAGAAACCACAUUAAAAUUCGUGCAAUUAUACCGCGAGCACGAAAAUCUGUGGAACAUGUUUAUUCCGGAGUAUCGGAAUCGUGAUGCAAGGAGUUCAUCUAUGGAAGCUAUCGCGUCCGAAUUAAAUAUAACAAUUAAAGAGGUACCCAAAAAAAUUAAGGCUCUACGUUCAACAUAUUAUUUAGAGUUGGCUAAAAUAGAAAAAAGUAAAGCCAGCGGUUCAGGCACUAAUCUUGUGUACAAGCCUUUAUUGCCGUGGUUCGAUGAUAUGAAUCAUAUUAUGAAAACAGCAACUGUCAAAGAAAAGCAGACGUACAGUAAUUUUGUAAGUAAAAUCAUAAUUUAUUAA